AUGAUGGACUAUGUCCGCAAAGCAGCAAGCGCCAUUGAAGAGUCCUUGGGCGUGGGGUCAAGCGCUGCAUUGGUACUCACGUUCCUGAUCGUCCUGAUUAGCGUCUAUGUGACUUUGCAGGUAUUCCAAGUUCUGAGCGGGUCGGCGAUUCGAACGCGGCGCUCACGGGGAAAUGCAGCAUUACUUCUAGGUCAAUGCGGAUCUGGCAAGACCGCUGUAUUUUUCCGACUCCGCGAUGGCGAGGAGGUGCAAACAGUCUCCUCAUUGUCGGCUUCGCGUGACAGCUUUGAGAUCAAGGCCGGCGAGGCACAUGAUCAGAAACUGGGCCCUUUGGAGGUGGUGGACUUUCCCGGCCAUUUACGAAUGAGAGGGAAGGCAAACGAUAUGGUCAAGGAGGCCCGGUGCAUAAUCUACAUGGUUGAUGCCGAAGACAAACCCAAGCUUAAGGACGGUCAUCGAUGA